CUCACAGUCAGACCGAUCCUGAUAUAAGCAGCACGGACCCAUAAACUUGUGCUCUCCUAGGCGAAUUUGGCAUUUUUUAUUAUUAUUAUUUUUUUUUUUUUAUUCAUUUUUUUUUUUGACGGAACAGACUCCACUGCUGAGGAAGACAGGACUACAGGAAGCAGCAGUCUGUGUGCGAUUUAGUAUCAGUUAAGAUUCAAGUGUGAGGUUUAAUUUUGCUCUGGUACUGUGCUGAAGGUUCCUGGUCUUUAUUUGGCUGUCAGCACACAUGUACAGCAGUGGAUACUCCCAGGUCUCCAGGUUUAGCCCGGAGGCCCAAAAGAUGAUGCGACACCGCUCAAAGAGCAAGAGCUGCGGCUACUACAUGCGCAUUGUGUUUUUUUUCUCUUCACUCAUUCAGUCUCUGAUCAUCGUUAGCCUCGUGCUCUUUCUGAUCUACGGGAAGAGUGAGGAAGACUCAGCUGAUAAAAAGGACCUGAUAGAGCAACACAGCCAACUGUCCAUAGAGAACAUCAAGCUCAGGCAGCAGAGGAAGAAUCUCACCAACUUACUCAAUGUCACUGUGACGGAGAAAGCCCGGAAUGACUGGGACCUGCUCCAAUUACGUUACUAUGCCAACAUCUCCUACCAUCAUAUCAUCGAUCUCGGCAAGAAACUGAAUCAGUGCACCGCGGACAAUGUGUUUUGCAAAGCAACGACAUAUGGACAAGCAGUUCCAUGCAGGCCAUGUUUGUUUUCUAAUACUGGAAACUGUAACUGUGGAGCUCAGGUUGAACACCUAAAAGCCAUGACUGCGUUCAUCCAGUCCAACUUCACCCAAACAGUGCAGACCAUGAAGAUGGAAAUGGAGCAGGUUUCCAAAGUCCGGGACAACAUUAACUUGGAGACCAUCCAACUGAGGAGGGACAAGUCCAUACUGGAAAAGGAGUUGGCUAUUUUUAAGACAAAGUGCAAAGAAGAGUUUAUCUACUCUUUGAGCGGUAUUACCAAUGUCUCCAGGGUCUUCCUUGAGAAAAUUGACUCUCUGGUCCCACUACACUUUCGUUUCCACUUCAGCUGUGAUAAACAGAGGGAGUACCUGGAGCAGAUUCGCACCAACUGCACCACCCUGUCCAGAGAAGUGGAGACCAAAUUCCAGUACUACGUGAACAAUUUGGGAGAUCAGGUGUCCAGCAUCCAGGCUGAGAACAGCCGCCUGAAGGCAGAAAACUAUCGGCUGUUUGUGGACUACCGCUUGUGCACCCAGAACCGUACGGGUCUGAUCCAGGAGCACAGGACAGGUUUACAGGUGCUGCAGCUGAAACACGACCGGGAGAAAGAACAACUCUUAAUGGAGAAGAAGAGACUCAACGGAGACAUCGAUGUGCUGAGCAACAGCAUUAACUACAAAGAGAAACAGGUGGCACACCUUAACGAGCAGCUCAGGCAACUCAACAUCUCCUGCAUGGCUAAGGCUACUGUUGGGUUAUCUUCUGGUGCUUUGAGCUUUGGAACAGGGACCCUAGCUCAUCCUGGGUCCUCGUGGAACAAGCCCAAUACUGGGGGAAUGAUGUCUGGUUCAUCUAGCUCCUCAAGUGGCAGUCUGUUUAAUAGACUGGGGUCAGGUGGGUCCAUGUCAAGCCAGAACAAACUCACAUCAACUGGGAUGGGGUCUUCUUCUGGAUCAGCUGGCUCAAGUCUGAACCUGGGCUCAGCUACCUCAGUGUUGACGAAAUCCGCAUUGAGCCCUUCAAAUUCUGAAUCAAAUUCUGGGUCAUCCUCUGGGUCAGCUAGGUUGAGUCCCAACCUCAGCUCAACAGCGGUAGGCUCAAGUAAGCCUGUAUCAAGUGGGAAAAGCUCUUCAGGUUUCGGGUCAACCUCUGGAUCAUCCAGCUCAACUGGAUCAACUAGUAAAAGUGGAACAUCUGGCAGUGCAUUAUCUUGGCUAGGACUGGGAUUGGGUAGCAAGUCCGGAAGUGGAACAGGAAGAGGAUCAGCAGGUGGAAGCAGUGGAACGCCAAGUGGAGGGAAGACAAGUGGACUUGUUGGUGUUCCAGCUAGUGUCUCUCAGCAUCUUCAAGAUCUACGUCGCAUCGUGAACCCGUCUGCCUCUGAGGAGAAACGAGACUUUUCAGGAAUUCUGGGUUAAUCGUCCCCGAUGAGGAAGCAGUGACGUCUGUCCCACGUUACUUUGUGCACACGUGGUUAAAUCGACGCUCACCGCUCUGACUUCACUUCCUGUGUGCCUGUAAAUGUUUCUGACCAUUAAAUCUGGAACGUGCUUAUAUCAGCUUCAAUAAAAUAUGAAGUUAUUGAUUGUAUAUUGAUUUGUCAGGUAUAUUAAUCAUGUUACACAUCACAGCACAAACAAACACUUUUGGUGUUUUUGUUCCUGUAAAUACUGAAAACUUCUCAUUUUCAUGUGUUUUGUGCGUGUUCUUUCUGACUGCUUGCUCUGGGUUAUGUGUAAGCUGAAAGCAGCAUUUUGUGUUGGCACUCGUCACACGAGGCGGGUGAUUGUUUCCAAACGAGCGGUCCGCCCUGUCAGAUGUCUCAUGCGGACUUUUUAAUCUCAGGCUAAUGUUUAGGUUUAUCUGUCAGGCUGUAACUGAGAACACGGAUAUCCACACUCCAAAUAACACACUAACAUGCCUCUAACGGAGAACACGCCGCAGGCGUCUCUGUGUCCGGUGCGUCUCCUGCUGUUUACACAAAGUUUGGUUUCAACCUGAUGAGUCACGGGAUUGUCACAUUUGUGUUGUUGUAAAAUACUUUUAACAUUUCUGUCAUAAAGUUAAUGACAAAUGCUUUAAAAUGGCAUUUAAUUUGAAGCUGUGCUGGAGCAGGAAAACAAAGCAUGAUGGGGAAAAAGCAAACAUCCGCUACACGGGGCUGUGAUUGGAACAAACUGUAAUUCAAGAACCAAGAGUGUAUUGUGUUUGUGCCAAUUAAUAAAUACUUACCUCAGCAGA